AUUCGGAAACCACGAGAUGGUGACCAACUAUUCCGAGGCACUCCGAGAUACUGUAGUUUGAAUACUCACUACAGAAAAGAGCAGAAUGAAUUUGGUUAUAAGAUUCGUGAGUAUCUAGAAACACUGAAAUAUGAAGAUCGGCCAGAUUAUCAUGGACUUUUCAGUGAGUGUAUGUCUGGGUUGAAACGGGUACAAGGCUCGUUUCUCGAUCGGUAUGAGUGGGAAGGGCCACGCGAGGAUAUAAACACUGCUUUGUCAAUUUCCGAAUCCUGUUUAACCAAGAAACCCCUUACUAAGGUAGUGGGUGCGUAG